GGAAGUAUUGCAUGCCAAUGUUACCUAAUUUGGAAGUAUUGCAUGCCAAUGUUACCUAAUUUGGAAGUAUUGCAUGCCAAUACGCUGGAGCUGACUGGCCAGAUUGGACCGGAGGACUUUCUGAGACGAUAUGGUGUGGAUCCACUCGUGCCUCUCGCAGCAGAGCUUGUGGGAGUGGACGAGGAGAAGGACAACAAGAGGCAGAGGGCGACGGUUGACGAAGAAUGUCCCAAGUGCGGGAAUCCGGAAAUGGAAUAUUAUACCUUGCAGUUGCGAUCCGCCGACGAAGGCCAGACGGUCUUCUAUGAGUGUCCAAAGUGCAAAUUCAAGUUCUCCCACAACAACUAAGGACAAGCAUACUGUUCCUGUGACUGAACUGAAUGGUACACAGUGCUACACACAUCUAACUGGUGGCGAAUCGCGGGUCCAUAUGCAUUUGUGUAAGAGCCUCCCCAGAGGGGGGCUAAGACCCCCUGGGGUACAUUUGUGUAAGAGCCUCCCCAGAGGGGGCCUAAGACCCCCUGGGGUACCGGAGGUUUAAUAGACGGUUCAUGAGUUCGAAUCCCGAUGAUGGAUCAGAUACAUACUAAGGACAAGCAUACUAGUCGUGAAUGAGUCCUUUUACCCAAGAGCCUAGCUCAG